AACCUAAAAAGAAGAAGAAACUUUCUAGGGUUUCUGAAUCUCCACCUACCACUCUAAUGGCUUCGAAAAUCCACAUCUUCAGGCAAUCAGAUGGAACCCCUGAGAAGUAUUAUAUCAAUCCUUCUCUGAAACUGAUAAGUAGAACAUCUCAUUGGAGGGUGGUAGAUUACGAAGAUGGUGUUGAUCUUACAUUCAAUAAGGGUGCUCUUGAUGAUGUUCUUCUUUUUAAAGUAUACUAUAACCAGGCUGUUGGUGAUUGUGAAAACAAGGAUGAUGACUUUAGUUACAUAGUGAAUACUGAUUAUCUUAAUCAUAGGGAAGUGAAGGCUGAGAUCAAAGACCACGUCAACAUAUUACUUCCCCAAAAUCAAGUGUGAGAUUAAAGAUGCCGUUACAGAGACUUGCGUUCCUAAAAUCAAAGGUGAUGAAAAUAAGAACAAGAACAAGAAUUGAUGUUGUUAGAGUGCAGGCUGAGUAGUGGUACUAGUACUAAUAGUAAGAGAAAUGAAAGGUGCAUGGGUUCUCUUUAGGUUUUAUGGUUGUUUUUCUAUGGUUUCUGGUGUUAAUUUCUAGGGUUUUCUUCUUCAGAUCUGUUAUGUUGAGAUUGAUAUUUUGAAUCAUCAGUGGGUUUAAUGAGAAUCAACAUAUGUAACUGAUGUAAUCCUUUCAUUGUGAAAAAAAUCUCAUGGAUUUUGUGUUUAUUAACAUAUAUAGUACU